AUGGAUAUUGAGAAUAGAAAAGAUCUUCUCAAGGAGAAAACAAGACCCGCUGUGGAACUCUUGCGUUUACAAUUUCUGCCACAAGCUGAAUUUGCUUGCUUAGUGCUUCAAGAAAAGCUGUUUGCAGGUUUGCAACAUUGCAUUCACAUAAGUGCUUGUUGGUGGAUUCGAAGUUAUGAGUCAAUACCACAAAAAUCCAAUAGUGAAUUGUUGAUCACAGCACCUUCGAAUUGGCCUGGACAUCCAACAUCAAUUCAAAUAUACUCAAUCACUUAG